UAAAGUUAUUUACUGAAGUAUGCAUUUCUACCGGAAGGCAAAGCUUUGCCCGGAACUGGGGAUCGGCCAGAUUUGUGGAUUACUCAUCUCCAUUUUUUUCCCUCUUUUUCUAUAUAGGACUACUCAUGCUGGCUGUAUAACUUUUUGCUGACAAUAUUUAUCACCUAAGAGCUCCUGGUGUGGUUGGCAGAGGGGAAUGGCGGUGAGAGCUUGUGGCUUGAUCAUCUACAGGAGGCUGCAGCCAGCACCAUCCUCUAAGGUCACUGACAGCAUCGAGUACCUCCUGCUGCAAACAUCUUAUGGGACCCACCACUGGACGCCGCCCAAAGGCCACGUGGACCCAGGGGAGGAUGACCUGCAGACAGCCUUCCGGGAAACACAGGAGGAGGCUGGUCUGCAGGCCAGCCAGCUCACCCUCAUCGAGGGCUACAAGAAGGAGCUGCACUACCCUGUCCGUGGCAAGCCUAAGACCGUCGUGUACUGGCUGGCAGAAAUGAAGGACUGCAACACAGAAAUCAAGCUGUCAGAGGAGCACCAAGCUUUCCAGUGGCUGAAGCUGGAGGAUGCCUGCAAAUUUGCAGAAUAUGAGGACAUGCAAGCAACACUGAAAGAAGUGCAUCAGUUUCUCUGCUCCAGAGAAUAAGUGGGUUUUUUUGAAGUAUAAGGGGAUUUCUUGAGGAGAUGGGUCUGCUUUUUAUGUUUUAAACUGGAGGAAGAAUUAUAUGGCUGCAGAAAUGUAGAUUUCUUUUUUUUUUUUUAAUCUGUAGUAAUUCAGUGAGGAUAUAUGAAGCUUUUAAAGAGAUUGUGCUUUUGUCUCCCCUAGUAGCACAAAAAAGCAUAGUCUGAUUGAACUCUAAGCCAGAGAUGUCUGAAUUGAAGCCCAGAGCUAACAAAAGUCUUCCUCUGUCUCUGUCUCCUUUACUUUUCCUUUUUUUUCCCCUUUCUUUUUAUUCCUUGAAGUGCUGAACCACCACAGGUCUUUUUGAAAAAUCAAACACUUGAUAUAUCUUGACUUGCUGAUAUAAAGCUAGAGUUGAGAAAAUGAGCAUAUGGGGAUUUUUAAUAACAAAACACUGCAGAAGUCAUACCUUGAAUUUCAAAUGAGGAAGCAGUAGUUCUAUUCCCAACUCUUCCAGUGAUAUGCAGUGAUAACUUGUCAGAUCAUUUCAGGUAUUUUUUGUUUGUAUCAUGAAUUUAUGUACAUCCCUAAUGUACUGUUAUGAGAACAUUUUCCAUACAGAGAGUCUUAGUAAAUGGUUGAGAUAUGGUA